UGUGUUUACCGCGUGAACCUCUCAGCUUUGUGUGUCUUUGGGAAUUCACCUGGUUGACGUCACACAUUCACUACUCCGCACCGCGCGCGGCCGUAGAGCCGCAGUACAGAGCCCGGCAGUCAGAGGAGCAGAGGACAGCAGCCGACUCCAACACUUCCUUAAACACACGUUUAAGAUUUUUUUGAAGUGAAACUUCAGGGACAGACGUGGUUCAAACACCCACCCGGACACAAACUCGCGACGAACGAGACGUUUUGCAGCUCGGUGGGAGAGAUAAGGAUUGCCACUCUGUUCCCUCUUCCCUCAUUACUGGCAGGAGGCUUAGGUGAGUGGUCACCAUGGCACCCUUCCUGCGUAUCGCCCUCAACGCUUAUGACGUGGGCGCUCUGCCUUCUCUGUCUGACCCUCCCAUCUGUGCCAUCAAGAUGAAGGAGUCUGUCAACACAGAGCGAGGAAAGACCUUGAUCCAGAGGAAGCCCACCAUGUAUCCAGCCUGGAAGUCCACUUUUGAUGCUCACAUCUAUGAGGGUCGUGUCCUAGAAGUAGUCCUCAUGCAGAGCACCGAGGAGCCAUUGGCCAAGGCCACGGUGGGCGUGUCAGUACUGGCAGAGCGCUGUAAGAAGUCCAAAAACAACGGACGUACUGAGUUCUGGGUGGACCUGUAUCCUUCGGGGAAGGUCCAGAUAGCUGUGCAGUUUUUCCUGGAGGACAGUGAUGCAGCAGCAUCUAAGCCAUCAAUGAAGGCGUCUCCUGAGGAUGGAGUCACAACCCUCAACAGGAGGAGAGGAGCUUUCAAGCAGCCCAAGGUUCACUUCAUCAAGAACCACGAGUUCUCCGCCACUUUCUUUGGCCAGCCCACUUUCUGCUCUGUCUGCAAAGAGUUCCUCUGGGGGCUCAACAAGCAAGGUUACAAGUGCAGACAAUGCAAUGCGGCAAUCCACAAGAAAUGCAUUGAAAAAAUCAUUGGCAGGUGCACUGGAACAGCAGCCAACAGCCGUGACACUAUGUUCCAGAAAGAGCGCUUUAAGAUUGAUAUGCCACAUCGCUUCAAGCACUAUAACUAUAAGAGCCCCACUUUCUGUGACCACUGUGGCAGUCUGCUGUGGGGUCUUUACAGACAGGGCCUUAAAUGUGAAGACUGUGGCAUGAACGUACAUAGUUACUGUCAGACAAAAGUGGCCAAUCUGUGUGGAAUCAACCAGAAACUACUGGCAGAGGCUCUGUCUCAAGUCACCCAGAAAUCUGUGAAGAAACCUGAUAACUCCAAUGCAGCAGAUAUUGGGAUCUACCAAGAAAUCCAAAAAGGGCCGGUAGACCCUAGUGCAGAUGGCAGUGGCAAGGCGAGUGAGGGCUCGAGCCCAACCCCAGGUGCACCUACAGUUCCCCGGGUACGCCUCACCAUGAACCACCUGGUGUUCCACAAGGUGCUGGGCAAAGGCAGCUUUGGCAAGGUGCUGCUGGCAGAGCUGAAGGGGCAGAGCCAGUACUUUGCUGUGAAGGUUCUGAAGAAAGAUGUGGUUCUCAUGGAUGACGAUGUGGAGUGUACCAUGGUGGAAAAGAGAGUCCUGUCCCUCGCGUGGGAGAACCCCUUCCUCACACACCUCUAUUCCACGUUCCAGUCUAAAGAGCACCUUUUCUUUGUAAUGGAGUACCUGAAUGGAGGUGACUUGAUGUUCCACAUCCAAGACAAAGGCCGCUUCGAUCUCAACAGAGCCACAUUCUACGCGGCUGAGAUAAUAGUGGGACUGCAGUUCCUCCACUCAAAAGGAAUUAUCUACAGAGAUCUGAAGCUGGACAAUGUGAUGCUGGACAAGGAUGGGCACAUAAAGAUAGCAGAUUUUGGCAUGUGCAAAGAGAAUGUGUUUGGAGAGGCCAGAGCCACAACAUUUUGUGGAACACCAGACUAUAUUGCACCAGAGAUCCUGUUAGGACAGAAGUACACCUUCUCAGUGGACUGGUGGUCUUUUGGUGUGUUAGUGUAUGAGAUGCUGAUCGGUCAGUCACCUUUCCAAGGUGACGAUGAGGACGAGCUGUUUGAAUCCAUCAGGUCGGACAUCCCUCACUACCCUCGGUGGAUCGCCAAGGAGGCCAAAAACCUGCUUGAACUGCUGUUUGAGCGGGAUCCCAGUCGCAGGUUAGGCGUGGUGGGAGACAUCCGAGUACACCCCUUCUUCAAAACAAUCAAUUGGCCAGCACUGGAGAAGAGAGAGCUGGAGCCUCCUUUCAAGCCCAAAGUGAAAUCCCCCAACGACUGCAGCAACUUUGACCGAGAGUUCCUGAACGAGAAGCCUCGCCUCUCCCACGCAGACAAGAACCUCAUCGACUCCAUGGACCAGGCUGCAUUCUCUGGCUUUUCCUUUGUCAAUCCCAGACUAGAACAAAUGAUAAGCAAAUGAAAAAAACAAAAUGGCUGCCCCGGGAACAAGGUCUUAGCCCAGCUCUGCGAAAUAGGUUCUUAUCCUAUUCUAUUUACCUUAUCAACUGGAUGGAUAACAAGAACAUGAAAAGAUGUGAGCUUGACUUUGACUUAUUUUCUUCCUCUAUCAGAGGAUGAAAUACAAUAAUACUAGGAUAUUUUCUGGUGUCUGAAGCAAUAAAGCAGGUCUCAGCAGUCAAACUGUAUAGAUGUAUAAAAGAGUAUAAAGCUCCAGGAAAUUAAGGGAGAUUCUAAAGAAAUGGGUGUUACCAUAAUCAAUGCAGGGGGGACUGUCAAUGAAGCAUUCUGUUUUUUCUUAUUUUACUGUCAUUUGUCCUCCUGAUCACAUCUUGAAUGUGUACGAAUCAUCUAAUGUACUGUAUCUCAAAAUUUAAAUUCGCAGGCACACGCACGACCUGCUUGUUUUUAGUAAUACAAAUAUGCACACCGGGCAUUGCACAGAAAAGUCAGGAGAAUUCAGCGGUACACACAAUAUUCACUCUCACCCUAUGUGCUUCGCUUAUAGUACGUGUCCUAGCACAUCCCAGCUGAGUGUGUUUGUGUGUUACCACAUGCAUACAAGUGUGUGGGUGUGUGCAGGUAUUUUCUUAGAUGCAAAUGGUGCUAUUGCACUUGGUAACAUUGACUGUUGUUGAGUGAAUCCUUGAAUUAUCCAGGUUUCAUAGAGAGAAAUGUACCAUAAAGAGUGGGGGGAAUUGAAGCUGAAGUAAGAUUAUUGUGGAACUACAUAUUUUCCCACUCCUCACUAACUGCACUGUCUUUAGAAAGUCUUUAGUCUCACGUAGCCUCACAAGAGUUAAUCUGUUUUUUUUAAUUUAGCACAAAUUCCUACGUGGCAGUCGUCUUGUCUUUGUGUGCUGCUGGCAUCAAACCGCAUGCUGCACAUCAGACUGAAGCAUAACACAAACAAUCGUUACGUACAUCAUGUUCAUUUUCUGGGCUGUCAGCAGACUUACUGGAAAGAGUUGCAGUUGUACAUCCAGCUGUGUUGAAAGAUGCAUUAUUUUUGUGGGAGGGAGGGGCCUAUCACUGGAAGCAUAGGGUCUUUGUAAUGUAUUAUAUUACUUGAAUGUAGGAAUUUUUAAUAUGAAAAUAUUAGUUCUGUGUAUGGAAAACUAAGACGUACGAAACCAUGAGCUGUCCUUGAGUUAAGGGUGUACUUUUUUACUCUCCUCGUCUUUUACAUCUGAUUAUAAAUAAAUAUACUAUAAACU